UAUAUCAUAAAUAAAUAAACCCUAUUAGGUUUUCCAUUUUCCCUGUCCACAAACCACACAUUUUUGCACAGCACCAAGCUCCGCCGCUAUCAUGGGUAUCGAUCUUGUUGCUGGUGGGAAGAGCAAGAAAACCAAAAGAAACGCACCUAGAUCCGAUGACAUCUACCUUAAACUCCUUGUCAAGCUGUACCGGUUUUUGGUGAGGAGGACUGGAAGCAACUUCAAUGCAGUGAUAUUGAAGAGGCUUUUUAUGAGCAAAAUCAACAAACCCCCCAUUUCUUUGUCUCGUCUCGUUCGUUACAUGUCUGGAAAGGAUGACAAGAUUGCCGUGAUUGUGGGCACAGUUACAGACGAUGUUAGGGUUCAUGAAAUCCCCUGUCUCAAGGUAACUGCACUUAGGUUCACUGAAACCGCAAGAGCAAGGAUAGAGAAGGCCGGUGGAGAAUGUUUGACUUUUGAUCAGCUUGCUUUAAGAGCUCCACUUGGACAAAACACUGUUCUUCUUAGAGGCCCAAAGAAUUGUCGUGAAGCAGUGAGGCACUUUGGUAAGGCUCCUGGUGUACCACACAGCCACACCAAGCCCUAUGUGAGAUCAACUGGAAGGAAGUUUGAGAAGGCCCGAGGUAGAAGAAACAGCAGAGGCUUUAGAAACUAAGCUAUUAUCUUUGUUUUCCAUGAAUCAGUUUCAAUGUUUUAUUUUUCCAGAUUUUGAAUAUUGUCUUCUUGGUAAAACAUUUAGUUUUCGUUUGGGUACUUGCUAUGAUGAAUUUUUCGUGGUUAA